GCCUGUACCCGCGCUCGGUCACUUACUGCUCUCAUCACAUUUGCACGAUGUCUGCACGUCUUCUGUUGGUAAUUGUUUGUGUGGUGGAGUUGGCAACACUGAUCUCGGCGGGCGGUCACGGCGGCGGUCACAAGAAGGUGAUCAUCCACGUACCACUGUUCGUGAAACAUCAUCACCACAAGCACACGAUUGUGAAGCAUGUUCACCACAAGAGCGGAGGCGGUGGUGGUGAUGACCACUACGAAGUACUUGGUUACACGUAUGGAGAACCAAAACCGGCGCCCCACUUUGGGGGAGGUCACGGCUGGGGUGCAGCAGACGAAGGUCAUGAUGGCAGUUAUGGUGAGUCUCCAGUGAGCUUCGACGGAGACCAUGGAGGUUACGGACUCUCUGGCGCCGGUGAUGAAGGCUCGGAAUUAGGCCAUGGUGGAUAUUGAACCAAACAUUAUAGACAGUAGAGUCAAAUAUCAUAUGCAGUACAAAUCACUACAAUUUCGUUCUACAUAUACCCUUUUCAGAUUUUAGUAUACCCUUCGAAAAGUAAUUCUCGAGUUGGAUUACGUAAUUACUUAAUAUUUCUCAUAUAUUUGUACCAUUAGCAUGUAGCCUGUUGUUCACUAACUGAACUUAGAUCUAAAAGUCGUGAGUUCUAUUUUGAUAGACCUAAAAAUCUUUACCUAUCAAUUUCUAACCAAACAUAUGAUUAUUUUAAAGAAAUCAAAUUAAUACGAAAGAAUUCGUUAAUCUCUCUUCCUGGAUUUUAAUGUACCGAAUAAAAUAUGGGUAUGUUAAGAAUGCUCUGAGCACCCCAUCUUGUAUAAUUGUCGUGAAGAAGUAUUGACGAUUCUGUUAUAAACUCAUCUAUACAAAUUGUAAUGUAUCAAAUGUCACACGCAGAACCCGUCAAUCUUUUCUUACAUAAUCCAACUGCAUUUAUAAAUUACUGUAUUUCUUGUUACAUGAGUGUUAAAAUGACAAGUAGUUUAUAGCUAUUUAUAACUCAACCGGCGACAUAGUUUAUGUGUUUUUUCUGUGUAUAAACUUGUUGGAUGGGAGCUGUAUACUUGAAUGAUAACCUCUCAAGAUCCACACGAGUCGUAAUGAAUUACAGACGCAGGUAUUACGGGUACGAGCGAGCCCAAUGAAUAUUGGAGUGAUCAUCAAUUUUAUCCGUUUCCUGUAUUAGGUUACAUUACGUACAUUAAAUCACGUUUGAUCGAUAGUUUGCCGUGUAAUUCGAUUUUUUUUCAAUAGAAACACGAUUCUCAUUCAUUAUAUUUAAUGGUAGGUUAGCUUUCUCGAGAUAUAAAAUGCAUUUGUACUCAAAGGUCUUUAGACCAGUUGUAUAAAGUUUGUGCGAGCAAUGUAAAUAAUAGUUCAUAACUAUAGAAAAUGUGGUCGCCUAAAACCUACCUGCUUUUACAAUGUUAUAGUUUAAGACUGUUGUUAUGAGUGUUGUCCCUGU